CCUGGUCUACAACUCUAAUAGAAAAAUAACACAGAACAGAAAUGUAUAAAUGUAUAUUUUUCAUUAAACAAUAUUAAAAUGGCUACAAGUAACAGUUAAUAUGCUGUAUAUACACAAAUGUUUACAGAUGAGAUUAUGCUCAUGUUCUUGUUCAUACCAAUAUUUUGGAAAAUGUUAGGUGGUCUGUCUGACAUUCUAUCAUCCACAUUUCAAUAAGCUACUGUAUCAUGGUAACUGAUGUUUCUGAUUUGGGCAUAUUGAAAGAUUCCCCAAAUGUCUUAGGUUAUCAAAGAAAGAUGAAAUAGUAUCUGACUUAUUUUUUUAUAUAAACCACUUUUGUAGUUUUAAUGUAAAUUAUUUUAUGUCCCUUGAAGAUUUAGGAAAUCACACAUGGUUAAAAACUAAUUCUCUUAAUCAGAACAUGCAAUUAACCAGGUAAAUCCAUUUUCUAAGCUUGGGCUCUAACAGACAAUUUAUGAAAAAGGAAACGUGGCCAGAGCAAAACAUUUCCUCUCUUUAUAAACCUUGAACUGAGGACGUCCCUCACCAAUUAUAUACGGUCCCUUGGGCCUCAGAACUUUCCACAAGCGUUUAGGUCUCCGUGGCGAUGCACCAGCCGCUGAAGGGGAACGCAGGUGAUCGGGCUGCGCGGGCGCUGGGCGGUCCGGGGUUGAAGGUCUGGCUGCAGAGAGCCCCGCAGCAUUUUCCUGAGGGUCUAGGACUGACUGCUCCGCCUUGCAGGAAUCUGCAGAGCCACCUGAGCUGACCCGCCGCACUUGCCGCCUCUCCGGGAAAGCGGAGCUGCGCCUCACCAGGUGGCGGAUCUGGAGGCGCGCGGGCUCCUGAUGCUGCCCGCACCCGGGACUGGUGGCUCCCUCUGGGACCCCACUUACGUUGAUGCUUAUGCCUCACCCUUCUUGUGCCCUCAGAGGGUAUGACUCAGGUAAAGGAGUCCAUUUUGCCCAGCCCCCUGGUCUCAUGCAGCCGUUCAGCAUCCCGGUCCAAAUUACACUCCAGGGCGGCCGGCGGCGCCAGGGGAGGACAGCCUUUGCUGCCCCAGAGAGGAAGAAAAAUCCAGACUGCCAUGUCAGAGACUCACCCAAUGGGCCCAGGAAGCUGCCAUCCAGUGCGGGAGAGGACCGCGCCAUGCUGCUAGGGUUCACGAUGAUGGGCUUCUCGGUCCUGAUGUUCUUCCUGCUUGGCAUGACCAUACUAAAGCCUUUCGUGCUCAGCACCCAGAGAGAAAAAUUGAACUGCACCAUCACCCACACGCAUGUCCUGUAUGACUGGAUGAACUGUGCUUUCACCUGUGGUGUGGACUGCCGAGGUCAAGGCAGGUACCCAUGUCUUCAGGUCUUUGUGAACUUCACCCAUUCAGGUCAGAAAUCUCUCCUACAUUACAAUGAAGAGGCUGUCCAGAUAAACUCCAAGUGCUUCUACACACCCAAGUGCCACUGAGAUUGGAAUGAUUUACUCAGCAGUGCUCUGGACAUAAAGGAGUUCUUCGAUCGCAAGAACGGUACCCCCUUUUCAUGCUUCUACAGUUCAGACAGCCAAUCUGAAGAUGUCAUUUUCAUAAAAAAGCAUGACCAAAUGGCUAUCUUCCACUGUUUAUGUUGGCCUUCACUGACUUUGCUAGGUGGUGUCCUGAUUGGGAGAUUAACACAGUACUUGUCCCUACUGUGUGAAAAGUACAGCACUGCGGUCAGAGAUGAGGUAGGUGCCAAAGCACCUUCUAUGGAACAGCAUCGGUCCAAACUGUGGAGUGUGGCGAAGAGCAGAGGAAGGAGCAGGGAGGUCUUAAGAUGGUGGCCAAAUUAAAGUCCUGGCCUUCAGAUCCCAGUCACUUCUACACUUGAGGAUCUGACUGUCUGCUUGCAAACUAACCAUGUAGAGGCGAUUAAGGUUAAGUAUAUUUCAUGUGGGGAGCAAAAUGUUUAAAAGCCUCAUUAUGUAUUCUAGAAAUACAUACAAAUUCACCAUCUUUUCUACUCCAGAUCUCUUCCCAAAUGAGCCAAGGAAGCACUUUUUGUUCCCACACGGCAAAAUGAACUCAAGGUAGUUGUACUUUAUCUAAUUUCAGCUCUAGCUAAAAACUUGUCAAUGUAGAAAUAAAUGAUGAAGGUAUUUAGCUUACUAAGCACUGAACAACCAGCCUAAUUCUAUGCAUUGUAUUUUAUAUCAAGACAUUUCUCAAAUUUCUUAGUGAAGAACAGUUCAUUUGCUAUAGGAAGAUAAUAAUCUGGUAAUUUCAGAAUAUGUGGACUUACCAUUUUCCUUCACCAUUCAUGAUAAAGAAGGAAAGCAGUGGCCUAGAAAAUUCACUGUUUAGAGCUAUUUGUACUUAACCUUGCCAUAUACCAUGCCCUUUUUCUUUCAGCAACAUUUUUCUAGUUUAUUUUGCUUUCUGUAAGUUCAUUUCAUUCCUUGUACACAUUCUGGUGGGAGUGCGAGGCCAUUAAAAAUGUGUUGUGAAGUAGGGAGAGGCUGUACGGGAUGGAAUUUAACUUUCAUCUCAGAGAAUCUGCAUUGUAGAAAGUCCCACAUGGACAGUCAACAAGUAUCCAUGCUUUAACUAGUGAAUCAACCAUAGUUAUCCAAUAAUGAAU